UUCAUCACUCCCCAUUACAACAGAUGGAUGCUCGCCUCCUGCACGCCUGAACCUGCACUCAGUGCUGCCUCCUUCCCCUCCUCUCCUUCUGCCUCUCCUUACUCAUUUCUUCCUCCACUUCCUUCCUCCUCAUCCAGCAGCCACUUGCCCUCCCUCCCCUCAUUUCACCUCCCGUCCCUCCAUCCGGUUUCCCCACCUGGACUUUCACCCUCUUUCUCCAGUCUCCAGCCUCAUUAUGGCGUGCUGUGGCCGCUCUCUGGACUCCCCGUGCACUCUAGCGUUGCUGGUCGGCUUCCAGUUUGCCUUUGUGCUCUACUUCUCCCUCGGGGGCUUCAGGGGUCUUGUUUCUGUGCUGGUGCACACCACAGAGCCCGAGUUCGAUUACUCCCGGCCUCAUGACGUCUACACCAAUCUGAGUCAUCUGGGAGCCCCGCCUCCCCCGCCUCGCAACUCUGGCACAGGACCCCCUGCCACCGGACCACCGUUGAGAGACUGUCAGAUCCCCUCCCCGCUGCUGGUUGGACCCGUGUCCGUCCAUCUUUCCUCUCCUCUGUCGAUGGAAGAGAUCAGACAGAGGAAUCCAUUAGUGUUGCCAGGGGGACGUUACCGGCCUCCAGACUGUGAACCCCGUCACCACACGGCAAUAGUGGUGCCAUACCGGAACCGACAGACCCACCUCCGCGCCCUGCUCUACCACCUCCACCCCUUCCUGCAGAGACAGCAGAUCCACUACAGCAUCUACAUCGUACAGCAGUGGGGGAAUGGUACUUUUAAUCGAGCCAAGCUGCUGAACGUCGGGGUGCGGGAGGCCCUCAGAGAUGAAGACUGGAGCUGCAUCUUCCUGCAUGACGUUGACCUGUUGCCUGAAAAUGACCACAACACUUACACCUGCCACAAACAGUUCCCCACACACCUGUCUGUGGCCAUGGACAAGUUCAGAUACAGGCUGCCGUACCCACAGUAUUUCGGUGGGGUUUCUGCAGUGACCCCAGACCAGUAUAUGAAGAUGAAUGGCUUCCCUAACCAGUACUGGGGCUGGGGCGGGGAGGACGAUGACAUCGCUGCCAGAGUGCGACUGUCUGGCAUGAAGAUUGUGCGCCCUCCAGUGGCCAUCGGUCAUUACAAGAUGAUCAAGCAUAAAGGAGACAGAGGCAAUGAGCAAAAUCCACGAAGAUUUGACCUUCUCAAAAGGACCAGACUCAAUUGGCGCUCUGAUGGCCUUAACUCCUUGACGUACAAGCUGCUCUCCAAAGAGCUGGAGCCGCUCUACACCAACCUCACCGUCAACAUCGGAGAAGACCCUCGUCUGCCCCCGGGUAAAGUCCCCCCUAUUCCUGUGAAAGCAACAACCCCAGCCCACCAGCGUAGCACCAGCAAGACCGGAGAUACGGCCAAACAGGAAAAGAACCAAGAGGAGGCUAUGGCAGCAAAUGUUACUGUGGCCAGGCCGGUCAGAGAAAAAACAGAAAAUUCUCAGUCGAAAAGAUCAAAUCAAACAACACAAGAGAAGACAGGAGUGAUGAAAUAAGAUGAGGUGUUUAAUUAAAAGGGCUGCAUCACAUCUGUAGCAUAAAUUGGCUUCCACCUUCAUUUUGAUCUACAAGACAAAAACAGGAGGAAAGCAACCGAGACGUGUUCUGUUGAGGGACUUUAAAUGCAGCAGCUUUUUGUGCUCACUGCAGAUUUAGGGAUAGUUAUGCAAAGAAUCAAACGAAGAAGCCAGUUUUGUUUACGGGAGUGCACUCGGGGACACUACUGGGUCACCUCUCGUGGUGACUGACAGAAGUUUGCGGUCGUGCUCAUAACUAGACCAGAAAAAGAAAGGAGAAUGUCAUAUCAAUGCAGAGGUCCAAAGAAAAACUCAAUGAAAAUGAGAGAGCGAAUCUAUAAACCUCUGCACACGGAUGUCGCAAAUUUCAAGCAAACCAGAACGUGCAGCUUCAUCCAAUCUGCUCCUGAAAAACUGCUGCUGUCCGUCCACCCCACUCCACGGUGGGUUUGUGUUUCUGUGCCUUCUCUCUUUUAUGCGCAUUUUGUAGACUGAUAUAGUUGCUUGUAGACCUUAAAAAAACAAGCAGUGAGGAUAAAGCUGAUCCUGGAUCAGAACAAACGUACUGGUUCCAGGACUGCCAUUUUAUAUUUGUGUGCAUUGAUCAAUGGUUGACCAACUCCAUAGUUAUUGGACAAUACUAGAGAUUAUAUUUAUAUAGAGAGACUUCUUUAUUUGUUUACUGUUCUGUUUUACUUGUCCUUCCUUACAGUCUGGUGCCUCUCUCUGACAUUUAGUUUAUAGACAAUCAAAUUAUAUGGGAAGAUAACUCUGUAUCCAACCACGUAACAAAAUGAGGAAAUAUUAUCAUGACUGUCUUUGCGCCUGUCAGAUAAACAUAGACUCGGCAUGAUAGUUGUUGUCUAGUUUGACUAUACUCUCGAUACAUGGAUAGACCUGUGUUUCUGAUAUUAUCUGUGAUUUUAUUAUUUUUCUUUUAGAUUAGUCAGGUAUGGGGGGUGGGGGAAAAAAAGCAAACUUAAAGGACAAUAUUGUAGGCAGGUGGCUGCACAUUUGCCAGUUUCCGAUUGUGUUUUAAUAUCUAAAGUGGUCAUGGUUGCAUUCAAGCACUGUGCAUAGAUUUAGGUCGGCAUUAAGGCCUGACGACAGUAUAUUGUGACAGACCUCAGUGCAUUUUCAAGCUACAAAUGAGCGUUUGCCUCUCCGUGUGACCUCAUCAUUGGCUAAAGUGAAGCUUUUAGGGAAGGAGACGAGGCAGUGAGAAGCAUGUAAUGGAUCGAAAUGUAAUGCUUUAUGGGCUGCCAAAUCAGGAUGUGUAUGUAGGUCAUUUUCAGUUAUCAUCUACUUGUGUAAUCUAACUUCAUAUCUCUGACAUUCUUUUGUUGUUGUUUUUUUUUUCAAAUAUCGGCCUUUAUGAAUGUGUUCUCUUUAGUGUUCAUCCUAGUUUUACCUUUUGUGAGGGGAGAGCUUAGCGGAGGGGGAACUUGAAUCUGAUCACUUGAUAGGAUUUCUCGCUGCUAUUCGACUAGGGCAACUGUAGAACUAAACUAGCUUAAACGAGACCUACUGUACCACUCUAGUUUUAUGGUGUGGGAUUGUUUUUUUUUUUUUUUAUCACACUAACAGGUAAUGUAUUACGUAGGCUAAUUUGAAUGUAUUUAUUUUAUUUAUUUAUUUAUUGAUCGAGUCACACGAUAGAGCUAAAUGUACAAGCUUCUGAUCUUGUAGUGCAGAUGUGUUUUCUUCUACAUUGUAGGCCAGAUUGUCAUCCCUUCACACCCAUAUCUCCGCGUUUCUUAUGUUAACAUCGUGCCUCGUGGAAGAAAUCCGCUGCACAGAAGGGAUGGACGGUGUUGCUGCUGGGCUGCAUGUGAGCACCCUCAAGUGGUACAGUCUGGCAUAACGCCAGCCUGGAGGAAACCGAGGACUGAAUGAAACUGCAGUGUUGUGACAUGAAUGUUAAUCGUUAACUUUCGCCAUUCACAGCUUACAGCCAAUCACAUCUUUGCACUGCUCUGUGUGGAGGGUUUUUCGUCGACGUAGUGUCACAUGAUGACUGAUAGAAACAAGAAUUACAUGGUAGAGAGUGUUUCCAUGGAUGGAUAUUGUUUUGUAGAAGGAGUAUAUGUUCAUUAUGAAGCAUUGUUGGAAUCAAAGAGUGCUGGACUGAAUACAUAGACAGACAUUUCUUAGCUUUAUACAACAUAAUUACAUUGAUUGCUUACAAAUAGAUACUAUCUUCCAUUUAUCAUAUUGCCUGGGACAAAUCCUAUAUGACGUGAAGCAGUGGCUCACUGAAAGCUUUUAAGGACAUUAUAUAAUCUCAGCAGAUUAAUCAGCAAACUGUGUGCUUACCUGGAGAUUGUUCUAUAUUUAAUAAAUAGGCUAGUUUUUAUAAAAAAAGAAGAAGGAUGUUUUUGCAUAAGUGUUGGAAAUAUUUAAUGUGUAGUUGAAUGCCAAGUCAGUAAACAGGAUUGGGAUUUCAUGGUAAGGUUUUUGUUAUUAUUAUUAUUAUUCAAAAUGUUUAUUUGAUCAUGAGAUUAUUCUGUCAUAAAAAACACACUUUUUGAGAAGUGUAUAUUUGACUGAUGGGAGCCAUCCAGGUAGAUAUGAAUGACAAGUGAGAUAUUACAUCAUUUGUAAUGGUGGGGAUCCCUGUCAUCAUUUUAGGUUGCCUUCUUUACUGAGCUUAUGCUGAAGAUGAAAGAUUGUUUGCAUUUGUGUGUGUGUGUGUGUGUGUGUGUGUGUGUGUGUGUGUGUGUGUGUGUGUGUGUGUGUGUGUGUGUGUGUGUGUGUGUGUGUGUGUGUGUGUGUGUCUUUCAACAAAGUCAGUAAAAAGGCAACAGAAACAUUGGAACAUGAUAGAUCGUAUUGUGACAGAAAGCAAAUAUGUAUACCAAUAAAAACACGUAAUCAAAA